AGUUGGGUGAAUUCAAUUGAGUUACCUUGGUUGAAUAGUCUCGGUAGUUUACCAUUCUUUCACAAAAAAAAAAAGUACUGAAGUAGUUCGUGUGGUAAAAACGACGAUUUUCUUCAGGACUUUUUAUUUUAAUAAAAUAAUUAAUUAAAAAAAACGUGAAGAUGGCAGCCUUUGCUGAACCACAUUUUAGUGCAUACACCGCGUAUGGAUCUGGUGGUGGUGGUGCUGGAUUUGGAAAUGUUACAGUGGUUGAUAGAGUACCACCGGAAAUGUUAUCCAUGGUUGACGCACAUUGGUACCAAUUCCCUCCGAUGAACCCACUAUGGCAUGCAAUUUUGGGAUUCACAAUUGGAGUUUUAGGACUUGUAUCGUGCAUUGGCAAUGGCGUUGUCAUUUAUAUCUUCACAACAACCAAGCCACUCCGAACUCCCUCAAAUCUCCUUGUAGUAAACUUGGCCUUUUCGGAUUUCUUUAUGAUGUUUACAAUGGCACCUCCAAUGGUGAUUAAUUGCUACCACGAAACAUGGACCUACGGACCAUUGAUGUGUGAAAUUUACGCUAUGCUGGGAUCACUCUUUGGAUGUGCCUCGAUCUGGACUAUGACUAUGAUUGCCUUUGAUCGGUACAAUGUUAUCGUGAAGGGCUUAAGUGCUAAACCCAUGACUAACAAUGGGGCUCUCCUGCGCAUAAUGGGAAUCUGGGUGUUUGCCCUUGGAUGGACACUCGCACCAAUGUUUGGAUGGAAUCGCUAUGUGCCCGAAGGCAAUAUGACUGCCUGUGGCACAGACUACCUCUCCAAGGAUUGGAAGAGCCGCUCCUACAUUCUCGUUUACUCCAUCUUCGUGUACUACAGCCCACUUCUCCUGAUUAUCUACUCAUACUUCUUCAUUGUACAAGCUGUGGCAGCUCAUGAGAAAAAUAUGCGAGAACAGGCAAAGAAGAUGAAUGUUGCAUCCCUGCGCUCAUCGGAAGCAGCUAACACAAGUGCCGAAUGCAAACUUGCCAAAGUUGCUCUUAUGACAAUUACUCUUUGGUUCUGUGCUUGGACUCCAUAUUUGAUAAUUAACUACACUGGAAUCUUCGAAAUGGCCACCAUUAGUCCACUUGCAACAAUCUGGGGAUCACUCUUUGCCAAGGCAAAUGCUGUGUACAACCCAAUUGUCUACGGGAUUAGCCAUCCAAAAUAUAGAGCUGCUCUCUACAAGAAGUUCCCAUCUCUUGCCUGCAAUGACCCAGCUGAUGAUACAGCUUCCGUUGCAUCAGGAGCUACUGCUGUGUCAGAGGAAAAGCCAGCAGCAUAAACAGAGGAUCUUCACCUGGCUCUUGCGCUACUGUUGAUACUAUAAAUAGGGACCACUUACACGAUUGACGAUGAGAUUGCUAUAUAUUUUCUAUUUAUGUUAAAUAAAAUUCUUCAUGCAGCAUUUUAA